AAUGAGUGGAAGAAGAACAGCUAACUUCACGGGAGCCAAAUAAUGAUUAUUGAAUUUUUUUAUUCUUACCAGCUGUACUCAAUCCAGGACUAGAGGUAAAUUUUGCAACGUCUACGAUUUUAACUGCAAACGUUUGGGCAGUCUGACGGAGGAUGCAUUUUCGUACUACGCUGAAUGGUCCCCUGGUGCACAGAAAUUCAGAGGGAUUAGUCAGAGUAAAUACGUUUGAAGUCUUUAUUUAUUUAAAAGUGUUAUUUUUGCAUGACCGGAAGUGCUAAAGUCGAAAAGGGUAGUCCAAUGUAUUGCUCAUUGAGAAAUUUUGACGCUCUACAAGAGAUUUAGAAAAUCUAUGAUUACCACUUCAAUAGAGGACGAGAUAACUGUUAUGUAUGUACAAAUAUUUCAAUCAUAUUAUGACUUUCCAAAAUUAUUUCCCUCUCUAAUCAGCAGAUCGUAUCUCUCCAAUAAUCAGUAUGAAAAAUCAAUCCUAGUCCAAGCGGUGAGUGCAAAAAUUUCUAUUGACGAAGGCAAUGGAAUGCCUGUACCCGUAUUACAAAGGUGGACUCUACGUAUCUCGAGUACCUAUAAAAACCGAAUCACUAUCAGCUCCCACGCGUAGAUCAAUUAGAAAUCACUGCGUGAACACAUGGGCUUUAAAGUUUUCCUCAUCAUCUUCAUUUAUGGCAUUGAGGCCAGAACGUUUCAGGGGGAUAAAUGCACCAUACUAGUCAAUUAUCGAGAUGGAGAUCUCCAGGAACCUCAACCCCUCAUUCUAUCUCACUCCAAUAAAUCCUACAAUUUCCUCUACCCUCAGAAAACCACCGGGGAAUUGACCCUCAAUUUCGCUGAAAAAUUCAUUCUCUCCUGCCCUGGUAAGAGGAACUUCAUCAGAGGCAUUGCCAGUUUGAAGAGAACAACGGAAAUUGAAGCUGUGUGUCUUCGAGGCACAACUUUCGUCACCAGAGGAGCACGAUUCGACUUUACAUCUGUCUCCUGUAACAUUCUACCUUUUCACAAGGCACGUAGCAGUGAGUACAGGUGCUACGGUGAUUCAAGUCACAUAGAAAUUGGUUUUCAAUUGGAGAGAGGCUUCCUACCGACUUUCAAAGUCUGCAGAGACAACGAAACAUUCACAACGUAUUACACAAAGUAUUUACUGUCGAAGAGCAUAGGGGCAUAUCAUUCGGGAUUCCCCAGGCCUUUCAAUUGGAUCUCUGGAAACUUUUACGGCAAGUAUGACAUAAAUUCGUUGUACAAAAGGAACAGUCAACUCGAGACAUUAACGAGAUUACUAGACUCUGAAAGAUUGGCGAAUAAGUACAUCUCCGGGUCGGCUUUUAUGUCGAGGGGCCACUUGACAGCGAAAGUUGACUUUGUUUACGGCAGUGCUCAAAGAUCUACAUUUUGGUACUUGAAUGCAGCACCUCAGUGGCAACAAUUCAAUGGAGGAAAUUGGGAAACACUGGAGAGCAGUGUCAGAAGAUUUGCUGAUAGAAAUUCAUUGGAUUUAAUCGUCUACACUGGUACACAUGGACAAAUGAGUUUGAUGGAUGAAAAUAAUAAUCCAGUGCCGAUUUAUUUGUAUGCGGAUGGUGAUGAAUAUGCAUUACCCGUGCCAAGAUUCUUCUGGAAGAUUAUCUACGACCCUGAGAGGAUGCUGGGUACGGCUUUUGUGGGAGUAAAUGAUCCAUAUGCAGCGGAAAUCACCGACGAUAUGUUUAUUUGCAAGGAUAUUGCGGAUAGAGUUAAGUGGCUUACUUGGCAAGGUAAUAAUAUUUAUAAGGGAGUAUCUUAUGCAUGCAGUAUUGAUGAUCUCCGGCUGAAAAUCCCUUCUGUACCAAAAAUCAAGGUCAACGGGCUUUUGUAUUAAAUAUUCAAGGCUGUGAGAUAUUGCGAUUGUUUUUGGGAAAAUAUAUGACUCAUGUUUCUGUA